AUGACUGAUUCCGGUGUUACUGAUUCUUUGCCUAUUGUGAAGGAUUUCGCAGAGCAGACAAGCCCUCACGUCCAGAGAUUCAUCACACCACCGGAAACCAUGAAAGACAAUACUUCGCCCGCCUCAAGUACUGCGCACUCGAUUCUGAUGCUGGGCUAUGCCCAACUAGCUUCACAGGGUAUCGCGUUGCCUGAAGGCCUGCCGGCGCCAGGGUCCGUGGCACCAGGAGACUGGGCACGAUUUAUCACUCAAACGCCUUUCCAGUUCGGAACGGGGAUGCAUGGUCAGACAUUACGUGGCCAACUCCUUGAAAGAAUUUUAAAGAUGAGACCCGUCAAUGAGCCAGUGAUCAGGGAGAGGUACAAGAACCUUUGGAACGCUGAAAGGUUUUUCAACCGCAUAAACGCGAGCCUGACAAAUGUGGAGGCUGCGGUAAUGCAAUGUGUUGGAGAGGCGAUCAUGGAUCCGGAUAAAAUGUGCAAGCACUGUCGCAGAUCUUGUGGCCCGUUUGCCUUUUGCGUGCGUGUUGAUGGAGUUAAGCAGUGCGCGAACUGUCAUUGGGAGAGGUUUGGCCACCGAUGUUCAUUUAGCACCAAGCCCACCAAGCCCACCAAGCCCACAAAGCCCACAAAGCCCUGGAGCCCAAAGCCAAAGCCACUUCUGAAGUCCAACGCCCCUGUGCUGGAGGCUCUUAAGGACCAGGACAAGGAAAUCUCGGAUCUUCGUACUUUGAGAGCUGAGAUUACCAGGGACAUGAGAGAUUUCCAGAAGGAGUUUCUCGAAGGAGCGGAUGAACGUUGCGUGCAGGCUUUCGAUAAGAUUAGUGACAAGACUCUUGACUUUUUCACUCGCAUGAAGGCUCUUUCGAAAUAA